GAUGCGAGUUGCUGAACCGUAGGAGAAGAUCACAUGCAAAGGCGCAACUAUCACUUUAGAAGGCAUACACGAUAGCAACAUUCCAGAAAGCACACGAGCCAUCGUUCGCGACACCGUUGAAUUCAUAUAGUAUGGCCAUGGCAAUGGCUUGUGCUCUGAAUUCCGGCGACAAGAAAAAUACCUUGAUGAUGCUUACUGCGCCGGUGAAGAAAGUAGUCAGGAUUCCUGCUUCGUGGGGAAGACAUGCAUGGAGUAUCGGAAGAGAAGAUCCAAGAAGAGCCGUUCAUGCUCUUAAGGCUGGGACGUCUCUCACACUGGUCUCGCUCUUGUAUAUACUAGAGCCUUUCUUCAAAGGGAUUGGAAAGAAUGCAAUGUGGGCAGUCAUGACAGUAGUUGUCGUGCUUGAAUUCACUGCAGGAGCAACCAUAUGCAAAGGCCUGAAUAGAGGAUUAGGAACAGUUUUGGCAAGCUCUCUCGCAUUUCUCAUUGAACUUGUAGCAGUGAGAUCCGGAAAGGUUUUCCAUGCUUUCUUCGUGGGAGCUUCGGUCUUUCUGAUAGGAUUUGCUGCCACAUAUCUGAGAUUCUUCCCAUCGAUUAAGAAGAACUACGAUUACGGGGUGGUGAUUUUUCUGCUAACGUUCAAUCUGAUAACGGUGUCAAGCUACCGGCAACAGGAUGUGCUGCCUUUGACGAGAGAUCGCUUAAGUACUAUUGCCAUUGGGUGCGCAAUAUGUCUGUUCAUGAGCCUCUUGAUAUUGCCAAACUGGUCUGGAGAAGACCUCCACAAUAGUACUGUUCGCAAAUUUGAAGGAUUAGCGACAUCAAUUGAAGCUUGUGUGAAUGAGUAUUUCCGAGAACAAGACAAAGACGAUAACGUUCUUGAUAAGCAGGCAGAAAGAGCUUCCAUUCACAUCGGUUAUAGAGCGGUCUUGGACUCAAAAUCCAGUGAUGAGACCCUAUUAGAACAAUGCAAACUAAAUGGCCAGGCACACUAUGCAAGCUGGGAGCCAAGACACUCGAUGCACUGUUACAGUUACCCGUGGCAAAAGUAUGUGAAGCUUGGAGCCGUGCUCAGGCACUUUGCAUAUACUGUUGCUGCACUUCAUGGAUGUCUGAAAUCCGAGAUUCAGACUCCGCCAUCCGUCAGGUCAUUGUUCAGAGAUCCAUGCACAAGAGUUGCACGAGAAGUUGCCAAGGUUCUGCAGGAGCUUGCAUUGAGCAUAAAAAUCCACCGGCGUUGUGCCCCUGAUGUGCUCUCUGAUCAUCUUCACGAAGCGCUGCAGGAUCUGAACUCAGCUAUAAGAUCACAGCCACGGCUCUUUCUCGGUUCCAAACAUGCGUGUGCUGCCAAUAGACGUAUGCUAAUGGAACUGAACUCUGGAAAGCAUAUGGCAUCGAGAGCAACUCUUCCUUCGUCCAAGACUGAUGCAGCAUCACUGUUGGAAAGAAAGAACACCAAGACAGAUCAACCAUCAGGCCGCAAUGAGAGAAGCACGUUACGGCCGACACUUAGUAAGAUCGCCAUCACGAGUCUUGAGUUUUCUGAAGCACUUCCGUUCGCCGCAUUUGCAUCAUUGCUGGUAGAGAUGGUGGUACGACUGGAGCUGGUCAUAGAGGAAGUGAAGUACCUGGAGGGGGCCGCAAACUUCAGAGAGUUCACUGGGCAUGAUCAUCUGGCCAUUGAUCUCACAAGCAACGAGAAGAUGAGAAACACUAAUGGUGCGCCGUUAAACCCGGUUUCUACUGCAGCUGAGUAAGGGCUUAGUAAUGGAUAAACCAGUGUCAACCAUUCUGAGAAGAGAGAGACAUGUAUUUAUUUAUUUAUUUCAGAAAACAUGAACCUUGGGCUCCCGAAAAUAGUUGUCAGAACAUAUCUUUCAUGUAAUUCAAUAAUUUCCACCGACCACUGAAUUAUUUGUUGACAUCCAAAUAAUUGGAGUUAGAUGGUGUCAAAUCUGUCACAUGAGCAGUAUGGCACCUGUUUAUAUUUUGAACGAAAAUCAGUAAGCAAUGCCUUUUCUUUGUCAAAUUUAAAUC